CAAAUACCUCACUUCCUAGGUGCGUGUUCCAAUCCUGAUUGCCUUCACCUUCCGCCCGAAACCCUUUGGACAGGUCGAUAGUUCGUCGGAAGAAACAAUGUCUGACAAUCAACAGCUCGCGCUAUCACUUGUACGCCAGAGGAUGACGACGGCCUACAACCAGGUCGGUCUCGGCUCCAAGCUCCCACAAGACCUUUUUCAGGUCCGAUAUGGCGGCAGCCCGGUGCUACUCCGGAGGAACUUCGCAUAUGGCAACUACUCCAACCCUGGACUGCAGGGCUAUAACCCUGCUGCGACAACGACGACGAUGUCGAAUGCAGUGUGCGUUCAGGCGCCGUCGGAGAAAGGCCUGACAGGGUUCGCCAUUGAUUUCCUCAUGGGCGGGGUCUCUGCCGCGGUGUCCAAAACCGCUGCGGCUCCGAUCGAGCGCGUGAAGCUGCUGAUCCAGAACCAGGACGAGAUGAUCAAGGCCGGGCGGCUGUCGGAGCCUUACAAGGGGAUCGGAGACUGCUUCUCGAGGACGAUGAAGGAUGAAGGGAUGAUGUCGCUGUGGAGGGGGAACACUGCUAAUGUCAUCCGUUAUUUCCCCACUCAGAUCUCCCCCAACCUUGUCCAGGCACUGAACUUCGCCUUCAAAGAUUACUUCAAGAAGCUCUUCAACUUCAAGAAGGACCGUGAUGGCUACUGGCCGUGGUUCGCCGGAAACUUGGCCUCCGGCGGUGCAGCUGGUGCUUCUUCCCUCUUCUUUGUCUACUCCUUGGACUAUGCCAGAACCCGCCUGGCCAACGACGCCAAGGCCGCAAAGAAAGGAGGGGAGAGGCAGUUCAACGGCCUCGUCGACGUGUACAAGAAGACGAUGGCGACCGACGGCAUUGCUGGACUCUACCGUGGGUUCAACAUCUCCUGCGUCGGGAUCAUUGUCUACCGUGGCCUCUACUUCGGCAUGUAUGACUCCCUCAAGCCUGUCGUCCUCACUGGAAGCCUCCAGGAUAGCUUCUUCGCAAGCUUCGCCCUCGGCUGGCUCAUCACCAACGGCGCCGGCCUGGCCUCCUACCCGAUCGACACCGUCCGCCGGAGAAUGAUGAUGACCUCCGGCCAGGCCGUGAAGUACAAGAGCUCCAUGGACGCCUUCUCCCAGAUCCUCAAGAACGAAGGCGCCAAGUCACUGUUCAAGGGCGCCGGCGCCAACAUCCUGAGGGCUGUUGCCGGAGCCGGAGUACUCGCCGGAUACGACAAGCUCCAGAUGAUCGUGUUCGGCAAGAAGUAUGGCUCCGGUGGAGCUUAAAGCGAAAGGAAAAGAGAACCCCCCAAUUUUGAGAUUUCAGCAUCUAUGCUGAAAAUGAGAAGGCAUUAAUUUAGUUUCAAGAGCAUAUGAUGGCCUAAAAUGAGAGGCAUUUCCCCCAUCAUAACCUAGUUUCAAGUAGUAUACUUCUCAUAUAUGAUCAUAUAUAUAUGUUAAAUUUUCAUGCUUAAUAUCUUUUGUUUGUUUUGUUUUUUGCUAUUCUUUGUAAACACUUUUAUAGGGGAUUUUAUUUAACCCCAGGAUUGAAUUCAUAAUGGAUUCGAUGUUAUCAUUGUUGAUUAUAGCUUUACCUAAUAAUUACUAUAGUUGACUUUUUUAUUUAAAAGAUCGUUAGUUAAUUAGCCCUAGAUUUGUUAAGUAAUAGGGUUAUAGGU